AUGAAAUACUCAAUUUUUUUGCCUCUGCAAGCACUAAAUGCUUUGGAGCUAGCCCUCGCUUACUCCGGAAACAGUCUCAACGAUUCAACCGUACCUCAAUCGGUGGGUCAACCCGUAGGCCAACCCGUUGGUGGGUUUGUAUCGGUGCGAGCGGGUCGUAAGCAAACACCAUUCCCACAAUGGCUUGCUGACUUCACGGGCCUACACGAAUGGCCCGGGGUCAAUCCGCCCUAUAUUCCCAUGGAUUUCAUCAAUUUUAGUGAAAUUCCAGACUACAAGCGCUACGAACAGGGUGUAUGUGGGGUCAACCCCCGCGAAUCGUGCUCUUUCGACUGCGAUCGCUGUUUGGCUCCCGACGACGUCUUCACAUGUCGCAAAAUCUCCCAGACCUUUGACGACGGUCCGUCUUUGGCCACUGAGAGGCUUUUGAACAGUUUGGAGCACAAGACCACUUUUUUCAACCUGGGUAUCAAUAUUGUCAAUUUCCCAGAUAUGUACCAGAAAAUUCUCGACCAUGGGCAUCUCGUGGGUACCCACACUUGGUCUCACCCAUUUAUGCCCAGUUUGACGAAUGAACAGAUCAUUGCUCAACUCCAGUGGUCGAUUUGGGCAAUGAAUGCAACAGGUAACCAUCUGCCCAAGUGGUUCAGACCUCCUUACGGUGCCAUUGACAAUAGGGUUCGGGCCAUAUCCAGGAUGUUUGGUUUGCAGGCUGUUUUGUGGGACCACGAUUCCUUCGAUUGGCAACUAUUAGUCGAAGAUCAAACAGCAAGAACAGAAGAAGAUAUUUACAGGGAAGUUCAGGACUGGAAGAGACGCGGAACGGGACUCAUUCUCGAACACGAUGGCAGCUUCAGGACCGUUCAAGUUGGAAUCAACAUUGACAAGAUUCUGGGUGAUAAUCAGUUGACAGUUGCAGAAUGCGUUGAAGGGAUCGAUUAUAUAAAGACAUUUCCCUCUAAGGCAAAGGCGAGUUAG